AUGGCCGCAACUAAGGAACCAAAACAACCAAAGCAAACAAAGGAACCAAAGAAAAGAACCACCAGGAGAAAGAAGGAUCCCAACGCCCCAAAGAGAGGUUUGUCGGCCUACAUGUUCUUCGCCAACGAAAAUAGAGAUAUCGUCCGUUCUGAGAACCCUGACGUAACCUUUGGCCAAGUGGGCAGAAUAUUGGGUGAAAAAUGGAAGGCUCUAACCGCGGAGGAUAAGCAACCUUACGAAUCCAAGGCUCAAGCUGACAAGAAGAGAUAUGAGUCCGAAAAGGAAUUGUAUAAUGCUACACGCGCCUGA